AUGACCUCUUCGGGGCUUGAUAUCUCCCAGCUCUCCGACAGCGAAAGGUCUGCUCUAGACACCUACAUAGCUGUAACGGGUCAGGAGCCGUCGGAAGCUAUUCCCUUGUUGCGUCGUUCACAAUGGAAUGUGCAGAUCGCUAUCUCGAAGUUUUUCGAUGGGGAAGGUCCAGACCCAGUCGAAGAAGCCCGUGCAGCUCUCAAUACCCCUCCUCCUCGACCUAGUCGUCAAACCCAAAAUCUCAUGACAGAUGACCUCACCGCAAAUUUCUCCUCGGCUGUGCGUGCCGCCGAUCCUGCUCCCCGAGUUGAGACUCAACCAGAAGGACAACCGGUUUAUCGUCCACCUUUCCUACUAGCUCUUCUGUUCACCCCGAUCAAUCUUCUAUACCGAUUACUUUACAGUUCCUUCCGCCUGUUUGGAACUCUGUUCCCUUUCCUUCCCCGUUUCUUCAAUACAACGGCCAGCUCAGCUCUUCACGGUACGCAACGGAACACCAAUGGACGCCGUCCGCUGGGGCCCAAAGACACGGCCGCCAGGUUCAUUCGAGAGUUCGAGGAGGAAUACGGUGCCAACACACUGCCUUUCUUGGAGAAUGGAUACAAUAUGGCUCUAGAAAAAGCCCAUCGUGACCUCAAAUUUCUUCUCGUGGUUCUCCUGGCUCCUGAGCAUGAUGACACGAACGGUUGGGUCCGGGACACCCUCUUGUCCCGGGAGGCCAUCGAUUUUGUCAAUGACCCGCAAAACGACGUCAUUGUUUGGGGAGGUAAUGUGCAAGAUUCGGAGGCAUACCAGGUCGCAAACUCUCUCCGGUGCACCAAGUUCCCCUUUGCAGCUGCCAUUGUUCACACUCCCAAUGUAUCCUCGACGGCAAUGUCCGUCGUCUCUAGAAUAUCCGGAGCUACGUCGCCAUCAGAAUUUACUGAGAAACUUCGAGCCGCUAUUUCACAGCACAAAGAGCCUCUAGAGAGGAUCGGGGCCACUCGUGCCGAGCAACAGGCUUCUCGCAGUCUACGGGAGCAACAAGACUCCGCCUACGAACGUUCUUUGGCCAUUGAUCGAGAGCGAGCGAGACAAAGACGGGAAGCCGAGGCAGUUAGACAACGGGAGGAACAAGAGGCUGCCGAACGCCAAGCCGCGGAGGAGAAGCGGCUCCACGAUCUUCAGCAGUGGAAGCGUUGGCGGGCACAGGCUAUCCCAGACGAACCGAGCGCGGAUGUCAAAGAUGCCGUUCGUGUUAGCAUUCGACUGCCUUCAGGCGAACGUGUGAUUCGGAAGUUCGCGCCAGAAGCUGACCUUGAAGAACUGUAUGCAUACGUUGAGUGCUAUGAUAUCCUGCAAGAGACCCACGAGAAACCCACGGAUAUCGAGAAGCCAGUUGGGUUUGAGCACCAGUACUGGUUUCGACUCGUUUCCCCUAUGCCCCGGGUUGUAUAUGAAGUCGGUGCCGGAGGGACCAUCCGAGACAAGAUCGGUCGAGGAGGCAAUCUCCUUGUCGAACCGAUCGACGACGAAAGUGACGAGGAAGAAGAAGAGUCGUAG